ACACUAGUCAUGGUUCCUUUAACAGGCGUGUGCAUGACAAAACACAUUUGACUCGCCAUAAAAUAAGACAGAGGUCCAGUCGCAUGUCAGUAACAACACAGCGCAGAAAACAAACUGACAAGUCCAGUUUGUCCAGAACCAGUAAGGUCUGUCAGUCUGUUUUUAAACAUUCCUGACUUCACUGGUAGAACUGGCAAUACCUCAAUUGCCGCCCUCUGAGUUCUCAACAUUUAUGGAUCUUUGACAUCAUGAGUGGCUUCUUCUAUAAUGACAAAAGCCCUGCAACAAACAAAUAUGUAAUAUCUUAACGCCGUUUAAAUGUGCCUGUAGAAGACAUGCUUACUGGGGCCCCCUAGUGGCCAGGUCAUUGGUUUUAGCACCUGUGGACCAUUGAGAUACAGUAAUCUAGCUGUGUUGGCUGCUGUAGUGUUCUCAAUGAUAAACUUAGCUGUACAUGGGCUGAGGGACAAGCCUCAUUUGUGCAUUGGAAGAAUUAGGGUCAUGGUGGCCAUGUAAUGGCCUUUCUUUAGAAGCUUUUCAGAAAGCCUUACUCCUCAUCUAAAACCUAGAUUUUCUUUUUAAUUUAAAUGUCAUGUUGUAGGCUUACAUGUUGAUUGAAAACAUUUAAAACAAAUGCAAACUGAUCUCUCUGAGGCAUGGAAAUAUUGAUGCAAAAACAAAAAAACGGCAGACAGAUGCCUCCGUUGAUAAUAUAAAUAAGAAAAUGUACUGAAAUACACUGUACAUUUUGUGUCUAGCAUGGUAUUCCUUGUAGCACGACUGAAGUAUAACUAUAAUGUGUAUUGUAAACUGUUUGGUAUGUUGAAAGGUAGAACUCAAGCCUAUCACAAUAGCUUGCCUAUCUGCAUACCGUGCCAUAUAAAAGCCACAACAAGUUUGGGUACCUCAGUCUUCUUCAGGAGUUCCCACAUCACUUCAUCUGAUCACCAACGCAGGAGGUCGUGAUGGCGUCUGUGUCAGUCAGCUCUGGUCUGAACAAGACCCUGCGGCAGCACUACAUGUCUCUCCCUCAGAGGGGCUUGUGUCAGGUCACCUACGUCUGGGUCGACGGCUCUGGGGAGGGGCUGCGCAACAAGACUCGAACCCUGGACAGAGAACCCCAAGGACUGGAGGACAUUCCGGAAUGGAGCAUUUUCUUUUUGACCGAGAAGGAGGACAGGUCCAACGGUGAGAAAUACCUGAUCCCAGUGCGUAUAUUCAGGGACCCUUUCACACUCGACCCCAACAAACUGGUUCUGUGUGAGGUGCUUCAACACACCCGCCUCCCUGCAGAGACUAACCUGCGCUCAGACUGUAACAAGGUGAUGGAGAAGGUGAAGGAGCACAUUCCCUGGUUUGGAAUGGAGCAAGAGUACACUUUCCUGGGGACAGAUGGACGCCCCUAUAGCUGGCCCUCAAAUGGAUUCCCUGCUCCCCAAGGCCCAUACUCCUGCAGCGUCGGUGCAGACUGUGCCUAUGGCAGGGACAUUGUGGAGUGCCACUACAAGGCAUGUCUCUACGCUGGGGUCAAAAUCUUUGGGACCAAUGCAGAGGCCAUGCCUUCACAGUGGGAGUUCCAGGUGGGUCCCUGUGAGGGGAUUGAGAUGGGAGACCACCUGUGGAUGUCCCGUUUCCUGCUCCACCGCGUGAGUGAAGACUUUGGAGUCGUGGCUUCGUUGGACCCCAAACCGAUGACGGGUGACUGGAAUGGGGCGGGUUGCCAUACCAACGUCAGCACCAAAGACAUGAGGGCAGAGGGAGGACUGCAGUACAUCGAGCAGGCCAUAGAGAAGCUUAGCACUCGACAUGCUGAGCACAUCAAGGUGUACGACCCUCACAACGGCCAGGACAACAUGAGGCGUCUCACCGGCCUCCACGAGACCUCCGGCAUCCACGACUUCUCUGCCGGCGUGGCCAAUCGUGGGGCGAGCGUCCGCAUCCCUCGUCAGGUGGGUCAGGAGGGGCGGGGCUACUUUGAAGACCGCCGCCCCGCCGCCAACUGUGACCCGUACGCUGUGACGGCUGCUAUCGCACGCACCUGCCUGCUGGAUGAAGAGGGAGAUGAAAUAUAAGACCUUAUUGUUAAUAAAGGUCAUGCACCGCAUGAUGAAGCCUUAAUGAGUACUUUACCUGAUAUCAUACUUUAAAAAGAAAAAUCUCCUGAUUUCAGUCUUUCAUAUAUCUUUCAUAUAUCCUGUGUACCUGGACAGUUCAUUGAGACUGCUUUUCUAAAUUAAACUUUCUUGAACUUUA